ACUCUUAUUUUAAAUUGCCAAUUGGAUCUAAUUUUUGGCACAAGUAAUUUUCUGUGAUACGUGGAUAAGUUCAAUUGAAGAGUAAUUUGUACUUGAGGAUGAAGAUCUGCGUGGGAUUAUUGCUGUGGCUUUUGGGAAGAUCAGGAGUUGAUAUGAUGGAAAUUCCUCGUGGAUUGAGUAUCGGGGCAUCGACUUCUGCUUAUCAGGUCGAAGGAGGAUGGAAUGCAAGUGAUAAAGGAGUGAGUGUGUGGGACGCAUUUACCCACGAGGAAAGUUCAUUGAUAAAAGAUAGAGAAAAUGGAGAUAUUGCAUGCGACUCUUAUCACAAGUAUCAGGAAGAUGUUGCCCUGGCAAAGAAUAUGGGGUUGCAACACUAUCGAUUUUCGGUAAGUUGGACGAGAAUCUUACCCAAUGGAUCGCCAGAAAAUGUCAGCAGAGUUGGAAUACGAUAUUACAAAAAUCUCAUUGACGAAUUACACACCUAUGGAAUCGAACCUGUCGUUACUUUAUAUCACUGGGAUCAUCCCCAGAGUUUUGAAGAGGUCGGAGGAUGGGCUAAUGAUAAUAUGAUUGAUUAUUUCGUGGAGUAUGCCCGAGUCGUCUUCAGGGAGCUCGGGUCGAGAGUGAAAAUCUGGAGUACUGUGAACGAGCCGAUAAUCUACUGUCAGUUUUUCGAUUUUGGUAUGAAUGACGAUACUAGAAAAUACCGUUGUGCCCAUAAUUUACUGAAAGCUCAUGCCAAAGUUUACCACAUGUACCAGAGGGAGUUCAAGGAUAGACAACAUGGACAAGUUGGAAUUGUUCUUCUGUGUCAUAAUUAUUAUUCCCUUAAUGGAAUUGAUGCAGAAGCUGAAGAUAUUGCAUUCGAAUUCGGUUGCGGCUGGUUAGCGAAUCCGAUAUUCUCAAAGGAUGGAGAUUAUCCAGCUGUGAUGAAGCAGAAGGUUGCAGAAGAGAGCAAAUAUCAGGGAUUUACAAAAUCCAAAUUGCCGAAACUCUCGUCCUCUUGGAUCGAGUACAUAAAAGGUUCGUCUGAUUACUUUGGACUCAAUCAUUACACGUCUUUCAUGGUAGAGCAACAUCCGCAUCUCAAUGAUUCUGGCAUAUUGAAAUCAGACAACCCAAUUUGGAAAAAGGGUGUCAGUGAUUGGCUGAAUAUCAUUCCUGAGGGUUUUGGAGAGGUUCUUAGGAUCAUCAAAGAGAAGUACAACAAUCCACCAGUAUAUGUCCUAGAAAAUGGUCUUUCGACUACAGCAGGCAUUGAAGAUCUCGACAGAAUAAAGUUCUUGCACGAUUACAUGAAGCAAAUGAUUAUGGCUAUAACACAUGAUGGUUGUAAUGUCCAAAAGUACACAGUUUGGAGUCUUCUGGACACUUUUGAAUGGAAAGAAGCCUACCGCAACCGUUUCGGCCUGGUACAUGUGGAUUUUACGAAUAACCGCCGAAUGAGGACGCCUAAACUGUCAUCAAAAUGGCUUCAUGAAGUCAUUACUCAAAGGCAAUUGAUAAAACCAGACGAAUUUAUGAAACAAUUCCGCGCUGCCUCCUACGUAUAAAUUUACUUUACAUAAAUAGUUAAGCCGAAAUACCGACGGUAGUGGCCGUGCGGUUAGAGUGCUGGACUAGCAUGCCAAGGAUCCGGGUUCGAUCCCGGGCACCG